AUGACCGGCCUCGCGCCGGCGACCGUCUCAGCCCUGGUGGCCGACCUCCUCGACGAGGACCUCGCCGAGGAGCUCGGACGAGGGCCGGCCAAGGUCGGCAAGCCCUCCCAGCUGCUGGGGUUGAACGCUUGCUCACGGAACAUCAUCUGCGUCGACUUGAGCGACAGCUCGGUGCUGCGGGCCGCCGUGGUCGACCUGGCCGGUGAGAUCAUCCAUAGGAUCGAGCACCCGUUCCACGGCGUCACUGGCGAGAGAGCGGUCGCAAUGACCGAAGAGGCCAUCGCCGAGGCGAUCUCGGCAGCGCCCGCACGGCUUCUCGGCAUCGGUGUCGGAACGCCGGGUGUGGUGACGCCCGACGGCACCGUGGUCGAGGCCAGCAACUUCCGCUGGUUCGGCCUGGACCUGGCCCAGCGGCUUCAUGACCGGUUCGGUCUCGCGGUGGGGAUCUCCAACGACGCCAACGCGGCGGCGCUGGCCGAAUACUCCUACGGAUCGAUCAGCCACAACCUGAUGGUCAUCAAGAUCGGCACCGGCGUGGGCGCCGGGAUAGUCCUCAACGGCCAGCAGUACUACGGCGAGAGCUUCGCCGCCGGCGAGAUCGGCCACAUAGCCGUGGAGGACGACGGCCCCCGAUGCCCGUGCGGCAACCGAGGCUGCCUGGAGACCUUCGUCUCGGUUCCACGGCUGAGCGCCGCUAUCGCGGCCGGCGAGGAUCCGCACCAGGUGGUGGCGGCUGCCGGGCGGCGGCUGGGCCUCGCCCUGGCCGGAGCGGUGAGCGUGCUCGACGUCCACGACAUCGUGGUCUCCGAGUACGGGCUGCCCCUCCCUGACGAGCUGUGCCGUGCCGCCCUGGCGUCACUGCGAGCGCGCACUCUGCCCGGGCUCGGCCGCUCAGUCAAUCUGCGGCCGUCGAAGCUCGGCGCCGACCUGGUCCUUCUCGGCGUGAGCGUUCUCCUGCUGAGCCAAGAGCUGGGGGUUGCCUGA